AUUCGAAAAAAGAAAACUUGGACAGGAUUCUGAGCUCUUAUUGGUUGGCCGUCAGGGGUGGAGCAAAAAAAAAUUCCUCUCCUUCUAUCCUUUUCCACAUGGAUCUUACUUAUCGUUUGGGAAGUGUGGAUGGAACACAUGAGAUGCGGUCUCAUUCACCUUGCCGUUUGUUCCACGCUGACUGAUGGUCAAUCAUGUGUUCUUGAAUGAGUUGAUGUUUUUGGUAGUGGUUUUUUCUUGAAGUGGUGAAAGAUGACCAUUCUUUGGUUAAAUAUUUUACUCCUUUUGUUGCUUUUGCCGGAAGGUCUUGCUAUAAAAUGGAUGUCACUUCUUCACUCGGCAUCAGUGGCACACAUAGAGAAGACAGAUCAGUGUGACAACUUAGUCGGACUGACAAAACGACAGAUCAAAAUCUGCAAGAAGAAUCUCGAGAUCAUGGAGUCCGUACGCGUCGGUGCUCAACUGUCUGUCGCAGAAUGCCAGUGGCAAUUCAGGACGAGAAGGUGGAAUUGCAGCACCGUCAAUGGAACAAAGAUAUUCGGAAAAGUACUUAGUGAUGGUACAAGAGAAGCAGCAUUUGUGCAUGCCAUUUCUGCAGCAGGCGUUGCACAUACUGUCACACGUUCCUGCAGCAGUGGUUCCCUGGGUCGAUGUGGUUGUGAUAGGACGGUGAGGGGAUUUUCUCCCGAUGGUUUCCAAUGGUCUGGAUGCUCUGACAAUGUGGCAUAUGGCACAGCUUUCUCAAAGAGUUUCGUCGAUGCUAGAGAUUUAAAAGCAGCUCGUGGCCAUGGAAAUGCCAGGGCACUGAUGAACCUGCACAAUAACGAGGCUGGUAGAAAGGUUAUUGAAUAUAACAUGAAAGUGGAAUGCAAAUGCCAUGGUGUAUCAGGCUCUUGCGAAACCAAGACGUGUUGGAGGGCAUUGCCAAAAUUUCGACUCGUUGGUUCCAUUCUCCGAGAAAAGUUCGAUCAUGCAACUGAAGUACAACCACGAAGAUCUGGUAAACGUAGCCAAUUGGUGCCAAUGAACGCCUAUUUCAAAUACCAUUCGGAUACCGACUUGGUUUUCUUGGAUUCUUCGCCAGAUUUCUGCGAGCGGGACUCACAGAAUGAAACGCCUGGAACGUAUGGGCGACAGUGUAACAGAACUUCUAAGAAUAUUGACAGCUGUGACAGUUUGUGUUGUGGACGAGGUUUUACAAGUAAAACUGAAACUGUGAUGGAGAGAUGCGAUUGCAAGUUCUACUGGUGUUGUUUUGUGAAGUGUAGAGAAUGUGAACAAGAAGUUGAAUAUAAUUAUUGUUUAUAGAACGCAAAGAGUGACAAUUUGCCACGUGAUCUAAAAACCGUUCAGAAUGUAAAUAGUACUUACUUCAUCGUUUGCUGGAAAAACUACCGUAUUUCUCAACAAAACUGGAUAAGGUUUUCAGGGCUACAGAAGAUAAACAUUUUGCAAUGAUCUGGAUAUCGUUCAGAAAGUUUAAUCGAAAAGCCACUGACAAACCAAGACACCUUUUUCUAUGCUGAAACCUUGCUUCAUUUUACCAUGGCUUAAAAAUUCUUCAGAGUGUAAAUACUUAUUUCAACAUUUAUUGGUAGUAUUAAGGGAUUGACAAUCUAAUCAAGAUAAUGCUUACGAGAGAUAUCUUGCCAGGACCUGAAAACUGUUUAGGAUGUAAAUAUUUAUUUCAACAUUUGUUGGAAAAUCGUAGGAUUUUUUGACAACUUAGGAUGCUUUCUCUUGAUGCGCGAAGUGCGUCACUUUAAAAUGACCCGAAAACUGUUUAGAGUGUAAAUACUUAUUCAAACGUUUGUUGGUAAAACUGUUUAACUUUUUGACAACCUGAGCUAGUUUUUUUUUUUCAGGGCUAUAUGGAAUUUUGUAUACAAUUGGUACAAUGCAGCUUCUAAUUCCAAUUACUUACAUGCAUUUUCCAAGUUGUGUACAAAGCUUAGAGUUUUUAACUUCUUUCUGGAAUGGUUGUGAGAAAUAACUGUAAUAUUUAAUAGGUCUCUGUACUUAAGACUUAAAGUUAUUUUAACAACAUUUUAAUUCUUUUUUUCU